GAAUAUGCCGCAUUCACGCGUCACAUUCGAACAAGUGAAGGUGAUUAUAAUUAGAGUAGAGGACAUAACCUUGAAACGUCAUUCCUUAACGCGUUUGACACACGGUGCACGGUGCUGUUGUGGCCCCACUAAAUAUCUUUUAAAUUAUAGUGUUUUUUUAAGGGGACAAUGGGUUCUAAAAUUAAUAAUUUAGGCAAAAAGCUUGUGGGGCAACUAAAAUCCAAAGAGUUUCGUGAAUAUUUGAUGAGCACACAUUUUUGGGGUCCGGUGGCUAACUGGGGCAUCCCUAUAGCAGCUAUAGCGGAUUUCAAAAAAGAUCCCAAAUUUAUCAGUGGCAAAAUGACUUUUGCUUUGUGUUUAUACUCUGCCAUGUUUAUGAGGUUUGCUUGGAAGGUGCAACCUAGAAAUAUGUUGUUAUUCGCGUGUCAUUUUACUAAUGAAGGGGCCCAACUGAUACAACUGGGCCGAUGGACUGAUUAUCAUUAUUUAUCCAAAAAUAAUCAACAAUCUCAAACUCAACAGGUGGCUAUCUCGUAGAUUAAGGGUUAUUUAGUGUUAGUUAAAAGUAUAUGGGGUGGAAUUUUAUGCAGCGAACGACUUUUGAUAGUUUGUUUAAUGAUUAUCUCCUUUAUCAAAAUAAACAGGUUUAAGAGCCAAAGUUAGUUAAUACUAAUGAUUAUCUAAGAGAUUAUGUUUUGAUAUAAUAAUCAUUCUGAUAAGAGAUAUUAUAAACUUUUACCGAAUUUGUUUAUUGAGUUACAAUUUUCUGAUCCGGUUUUAUUUAAAUUUACAGUAAAGGUGCAUUUACCUCGAAUUAGUGUAAUCUCUAUAGGACUACCGUUUUUCGGGCCCACCUUUAUGUUAAAUUAGAAAAUAAUAAAAGCUCAAAUUUUUAUAGAUAUUAUAUAUUUUUAGGUCACACAUUAUAUGUAUAUAGACAAUUUAUUAUAUUCCUUAAAUUUUACAUUUAUGUGAAUAGUGUAUAUGUAUACUACUUAAGUGUCUGUAUAUAAUUAUACAAUGAUCAAAUGUUUUUGUAUCAAUAAUACCGGUUAAUUGUUGGAAAUAAAAUAUAUAUUUUAUUUAUUUA